GCAGCUGUGUAGAACAGGUUAUGUCAUGGAUUCGUGUGUCAGUUCUCUAUUUAUUAAAUUUCUAUCUGCAAAGUCCAGAUCGUUUCCUUGCUAUCUGGGAUCCUUGGGACGUCCCUACCCCGUUGAAAUUUAAAAUAGUUAACCUGGUUGGAGGAUUCCAGAUUUCCUGCUUAUUCCCUCCGGAUUCCGGGAAUACUCCAGGUACUAUAUUGAAAUUAGCGGAAUUUUGUAACUAUGGUUUAGGGUGGGGGACAUCCCAAUGAUUCCAGAUAGCACUAACCCUCCCUUACUAGGCUAUAGCGACGUAUGUCAGUCGACUCAAGUUUGGGUCAGGAACAGGCUGGAGGAGCCCUGCAUGAAGACCCGUCUUUUAGAGUGUAUGGAGCUGCUGAAAAGGGCCAGAGCUGCCUUCCAAGCUGGCCGCGCAUUUGACGAGAGCUUCAGACAGGUCCAACUGGAAGCCCUAGUGCGCAUGUUGGUGGAACACGAGUGUGACUUUGUGGAUGCACUUGGGAGGGACCUCCAUAAGCCGCGGUUUGAGACGGUAGUUUCUGAACUGAUACUGGUGAAGAACGAGGCUCUUCAUGCCAUCAACAACCUCAAGAAGUGGAUGGAGCCGCAACAGGUGGAGAGGAACCUGACCACCACAUUGGAUGAGUGCCUGGUGGUGUUUGAGCCACUGGGGGUGGUGCUGAUUGUGGGGGCCUGGUGUAGCCCUGUUCAGCUCUGUCUGGUACCCCUGGUUGGGGCCAUUGCCGCAGGGAACUGUGUGAUCCUCAACCCCUCAGAAUGUAGUUCUCACACAUCGGAGCUGCUACACCAUCUCAUACCGUCAUACCUGGACAAUGAGUGUUACCAUGUGACCCUUGCAGGGGUGAAUGACCUGACUGAAAUAGUGGACCUCAAAUUUGAUCAUGUCUUCUUCACAGGAAACCGUGGGGAUGGGGGCAGAGUGGCACAGGCAGCAGCCCGCACCCUCACACCCGUCACCCUGGUCUUGAGCGGUGGUAAGAACCCCUGCUACGUGGACCAGCAGUGUGACAUCACCACCACGGCACGACGCAUCACCUGGGCGCGCUUCCAUAAUGCUGGGCAGAGUAUGGUAGCACCCGACUACGUCCUGUGCCAUGCCGAGGUCAAAACACAGCUGCUCCAGGCCUUGCGCUGCUGCCUCCUGCAGUUCUAUGGUUCAGACCCCCAGGAGUCAAGGAGCUUUGGCCGCAUUGUGAACCUGGAGAACUUACACCGCACCACGGACCCGCUGCGGAAGUCUGGCAAGGUGGCUGUAGGAGGCCAAGUGAAUGAAGCAGAUAAAUACAUUGCACCAACCAUUCUGUGCGAUGUGAUCGACUCGGACCCUAUCAUGCAGCAGGAGGUUUUCGGCCCCGUUCUGCCCAUUCUGACCGUCAACAGCAUAGAUGAGGCAAUCUCCUUCAUCAGUCGUCGAGAGAAGCCUCUCUGUGUGUACGCUUACUCUAGCAACAGCAAGGUAAUCUCAAGGCUAAUGAGUGAGACCUCAAGUGGGAGCUUCUGCUCCAAUGACAGUGUCCUGCAGAGCCUAAUGGUGGUCCUGCCUUUUGGGGGAGUAGGUGCCAGUGGGAUGGGUUCCUACCAUGGGCGCUACAGCUUUGACACCUUCUCACACCGGAAAUCAUGCCUGCUCAGAAACACUUGCAUCGAGUGUGUCACCUACCUGCGCUACCCACCAUAUGAGGAACGCAAUCUGUCACUUAUGACCUGGGCAAGUAGCCUUUCCCAGAAGAGCCAGGGCUGGUGCCAGAUACUGUGACUGUGUGCGAGUUGGAAGAUGGAGACCUUUUUACAACACUGAGCCGGGCUGAGCUCUACUGUACUGGCUUGAUUACACAUCCACCAAAGCUGUUGAAACCAUGCUGUAAAGCCCAGUGUGAAAAGAGGAUAUCUGGACCUACAGUACAUUCUGAGGACCGGUUGUGAUAGUUCUCCAAUAUGACAAUAUAUUCAGCACUUUACAUUUGAUGUAGAACAUGAUGCUAAUGCAGUGACUAUGAUCAGCAAGUUUAUUUACUGCAGCAUGGCAUGAUAGCCCAUCAGUAUAAAUAUUGUAUCUAUGGGACAUUUUAAGCUAUUCAUCCAGUGCUCUCUGAAAUACUUUAUAAAGAAGCUUCUUGUGACCCAACCUGUGACAUUUAAAUACAACAAUGUACAUUGUGUGCUUCCAACACAGGAUUAUAACUUGCUCACUUCAUUACAAAAUUCGAAUUCUUUAUUCGGUAUUAUCCUACUGUCACAGGUUAUUGUUGUAGCAGUUUCCACAUUUCAUUAAAAGCAACGUGCCACUCAGUAUGUUAAGGUUUAGCCUCCAGCAAAGUCGAACUUGGAUUCUAGUCUUUAUUUGAAAUUUAGGGGCAGUUCCAUUACGAGAUAUUCAAGCUUAGACCAUCAAUCUGUCUUUUACAUAUGCCAAUGAUGAAUUCAACCCUUAAACAGAAUAAAUGUUGUUUCAAAGUU